AUGUCAAAUGAUGGGGAUUCGGACGGAUACGAGAAAGUCUCCUCUCGACGAAAGAAGCCGAGUCGUUCUGCCGCGCUUUCACCAACAGAAGCCGUUACGAAACCAAUUUCUGUGUUCGAUUUGGACACAGACUUACCGUCAUCGUUGAACGUAUCGAAUGUGGCGGCUGAGAACUUUUUCGAUGGCCACCUCAAAAUCGAAAAAAUUGGAAUCGGCCACAAGAAGCUUGAGGUGUUUUUCUUGCCACUAGUCGAGAACUCAGGCCAAAACGAGCUCAAGCUUGGGGUUUGGAAGUGGGAGUUGCCCGAUGCCAGCAUGCAAUUCUCCGAUCACUUCGAUGCGGUAUCCAAUAGAAAACUCGGCAAGUUACUCGUGGAUCUCACGCAUACGCCUCAGACGUUCAUCGAUCAAAGCGCCAAUGAUGAACUCUACUUUGGACUGAUUGAGAUGAAGUUGGCCGGCCGAGUGGAGGGAAAACUAAUCCAACAAUACUCGGCUCUUCGGCUUCAAUGGAGUGACAGUUCAUCGCCACCGACUCCAUCGUUUCACAAAAAGCGCUUGUUGAUUGGCGGCGACACGCUAAACGCAGCAAAACUCGAGUCGAUUGCUAUCAAAAACCCGGAUGUCCUUUACUGGGUACCGAAUCGGCCCGGCACUGAAAAACCAAACGAGCCGAUCCACUUUGAUCAAACCCUUGUCAAGUUUAGCAUUUUAAACCAAAAAAGGGACGAUGUUCGAUUGACUUUUAAGUAUUGUGAGCCGGUGAAAAUCGGCAUCCACUACAUCUAUUCGGGUUCCGACGAUCCAAACAACGAUCCGAAAGAGGACGGUGUACUCAUUCCGCAGGGAUGGGGCGAGAUCGGAAUCACUUUUAGACUUUAUCGAACCCAACAAGGUCUUGAGGCGGCCAAGAAUGAGAAAGGCGUGCUCGUGGUGAUGCAGUUGGCUCGUGGGGCCCACGAAGAGUUUCUCAAUUUUCGAAUGAAAUGGCAAGAAAACAAAUGGAAUCCGGAAAUCACAUGCGAAAAGCCGAUCGAGUUCGAGAAAGCGAAAGCUGAAAUGGUGAACGAGGAAGAGGACAAGAGCUCCAAGAUCAGCUAUAACUUUUUCCCU